AUGGUUGAUUCGUCCUGGCAACUGCCACAAUCCCCCGACUUUGUUCUGCGAGAUACGCCUGAUGCCGGUCGAGGCAUCUUCGCCCGCAGGCCGCUGAAGCGAGGCACCCAAAUCCUCACAACCUCGGUGUCUCUUUCGCCCACUGCGCAUGUAAUCCUGCGUGCGUACAGACGCGAAGUCUGCGCCUUCUGCUUCGCGUACGACCGUGGCCGAGAAUGGAAGAUUCGCCCCCCGAACACGAGCCUUGCCUUCUGUUCAGAAGACUGCCACAAGCAAUGGCUUACGAGGUACGGCUCGGAGGCCUUAGAGGGCUAUCUCAAUAUUGAGACAUUGAUUCAGAAGCAAUUCAAGCAAAAUGGCGAUGCCCAAAUGGAAGAAAACUUCUUCAAUUCACACGAUGCUGCUGAGAGGUGGAAGCAGGCCGCUGAGAUCGGCGCACAGGUCUGCGAAGCCCGCCAGCAGGUGAAGCUUUCGAAGAACCAGAAAAAGCUUCUCCGGCAGCAGUCCGAGGUCAAGGUAGACCCAGACAUACUCUCCUUCCUCUAUUCCACUGCACUGAACGCUACCCCAGAUUCCGAGUCUGCUCUCAUGGCCCUCGCAGAUAACCCUGAUGUCUAUCAGACUGCCUCGCUCGAGCAACACACCAAAGCAUACGGUCUCUUGCUCACCCUGCUGCCGUCCGGACUUCUUGAGAACAUACGUGCCAACCUCUGUCAUGAAUACGUGUCUCGUGCAUCCCAUAAUGCUUUCUCCAUUCGGCCCACCGCCGAUGGCGACCACAGUGGCGAGUUUCUGGGAUACGGAGUGUGGCCAGAAGCGUCCUUUUUCAACCACUCGUGUCGGCCGAACCUACGGAAAUCAAGGGAGGGCAGGCAGUGGUCAUUCUGGACAGCUUCUGACACUGACAUUGAAGAGGGUGAUGAGCUUUGCAUCACAUACCUUGGAGGUGAGGAGCGCGAUCUCACAAUUUCUCAAAGACGAGACAAAUUGAAGGAAGAAUGGGGAUUUUGGUGUCGUUGUCAGAGAUGCAUUCAGGAAGAAGGCAACUGUUGA